AUGAGGUCUAAUGGUGCCCCUGUUGAAGCACUCAGGGAACAAACUGAGGCAGCUAAUGAAGAACAUGUGCUAGCUGAGUUGGCUCAGAUUGAAGCUCUGAAAGAAGCUGGAGAAAUCGAAGCCCAAAAAGUGAAAGAAGCAGGUGAGUUCUCGCUUUCGAUGGAGGUGGAUCAGUCAAAAGAGUUGGAAACAAAAUUAGGUGCAAUUUUGUUUGAUUUUAGACACUUACAAGAUAAGCAGAAGCAAGUUAAGGGACUAGACAAUGUGGUUCCGAGAGGCGAUGAUGAUUGCUCGGAGCAACAAGAUGAUAGUUUUCAUAAUGUUGAAAGGUUUUCAGUUAUGUCCUCCAUGGAUAUCAUAAGAAAUGAGCUUAAACAUGUUAAAGAAGAAACAGAAAAGUUGAAGAAAACAGAAGAAAAAGCAUAUUUGAAAGUUAAAAGCCUCAAUUCGAAGCUGGUGAGAGCCAAGUCCAACCUGGAAGCAACGAGUGCAGCUAAAGAUAAAGCUAAAUCGAUUGAAACAAACCUUUCCCUCACCCUUGAACAGUCAAAGGCAGAACCAGAGGCAUCAAAGAAAGAGAAGGUGCUUAUCACCAAAGACAUUGAAACUAUCAAGGCAGAAAUCCAGAAAACGGAGUCCGAAAUAGACGUAACCUAG